AUGGGAACCAACCAAGGCAACAACAUGACCCCGAUGGAGAAGAGACUGAUGAUGACAUGCCUAGUCUCGAAGAUGAACUUCCACCUGACCCAAAUUACCGGCGUGGCAGACGGGAUAACCAUGGCCAAGGCCAGAAUCAGCGCCGUGAAAGAGGGAGGAGCCAAGAGAGAUAGAGAAGACGAGAGAUAUGGGGGCAAAGAUCUUAAACUUACACCACCUACCCUUGCUGGAAAGGUCAACCCCGAGGCUUACCUGGAUUGGGAAAGAAGAAUGGAUCAUAUCUUUGAUUACUACCAAUAUUCCGAAGCCAAGAAGGUGUCUCUAGCCGUCGCACAACUGACCGACAAUGGUCUCACAUGGUGGGACCGAGAAGUCUCUGAAAGACGGAGGUUAAGACGUGGCCAGAUCACCACUUGGGAGGACAUGACAUUCCACCAAAGGAAGAGGUAUGUGCCCGCUUAUUACUUUAGAGACUUACAGAAACGAUUUCGGAAGUUGUCUCAGGGAAACAGGCCCGUAGAAGAGUACUACAAGGAGUUUGAGACCAUCAGAAAUCGAUUAGAGCUUCAAGACUCGGAGGAGACAUUGAUGGCCCAAUUCGUUGAUGGCCUCCAAGAUAGAAUAGCGAGAAAAGUAGAGUGGCAGAGCUAUGAGCACAUGGAGGAUCUACUGCACUUUGCUAUACAAGCCGAGCAGCAUUUCAAGAAGAAAGCAGCCACUAACCGAGGAAAGUCUACUUGGACUCAACCCUUCUCUAAACCGAUGGACAAAGGCAAAUCCAUAGAAGUGGAAAAUCGGUUCAAAAUACCAGCUUCCGGGCCGACAAAGCCGGCUCCGCAUGAGCAAGGUAAGGCCCCUAAUCAAAGGUCUCGAGAUAUAACAUGCUUUAAGUGUCAAGGAAAAGACCACUUUGCAAAAGAAUGCCCGAAUCAAAGAGUAAUGGUAUUGAGAGACAACGGAGAGUAUGAGUCACAAGAUGAGGCCGAGCUAGAAGCCAUUGACUCAGAAGAAGAGGAAACCGAUUUCCCUGAGGUUGGAGAGAUGUUGGUAAUCAGAAGAUCUCUUGGUGCUCUAAGUGACCCCGAGACACUCCAAAGAGAAAACAUCUUUCAUACAAGAUGUAGCAUUGGAAACAAGGUAUGUAGUCUCAUUAUAGAUGGUGGCUCUUGUACUAACGUGGCUAGCAAGUAUCUUGUAGACAAGUUAGGUCUUGAAAAGACAAAGCACCCAAGCCCAUACCGAUUAAAAUGGCUCAAUGAUACCAUGGAGGUGAGGAUUGCGGAGCAAGUUGUUGUGCCAUUCAGUAUUGGGAAGUAUCGUGAUCAAGUCACGUGUGAUGUUGUACCUAUGCAAGCCGGUCACCUGCUUCUUGGGAGGCCAUGGCAAUUCGACAAAGAAACCAUGCACAACGAUCGCACCAACUACUAA